AUGAAGGCAGACCUCUACAAGCAUGUGCGUCGUGCUCAUGGGUAUACGACAGAGGAGAUUGAUGAGCUGAAAGGUCAGAGGAGGCAGAAGAUUGCAGCCAGUGGAAGGACUGUGAUUACUUGUAAUCACUGCGACGCACUUUUCAUCAUCACCGUGGCAUUUCAUAGCAGCGAAACACACUCGGAGAUUUAUUCACUACAAACUACAUUUUGUCCUAUUUGCAAAGAAGAAGGGAAGGUAUGCCAUUCGUCACUUUGUCGUAUCCCAAUGUGGUUAUUAUCAUCGUGA